GCGAGCAAGGGAUACAUUUAAUCGAAUAGAAAAAGUGUGAGAAAGCGGGGCAGACUGGAAGAGUGAGAUCGUUUGACACACACUUCUACCUUCUUCUACCAAAGUUCUGAAUAUCUGUGUACAAAGUGCUGCAGCAGAUUUAAAAAUGCCAUCAGCAAGUCAGCUGCUAAGAUGCUGCACAACACGGAAGCGAACUAAUCGAGUCCGUUUGAUAACCAAAGAAGGCCAUUGCAACAUUGAAUAUGGCAAAAUGAAGUACAGCACGUGCUUCGCCUAUAUGAAUGAUAUCUGGUCCACCUGUGUACAAGUUCGAUGGUAUUCCCUAACAUUCUUCUAUGUGGCCUCCUUCAUUUUCAGUUGGUUUAUCUUCACACUCCUCUGGUACUGGGUUGGCUAUAGUAAUGGAGACUUGUGGUAUCAAAACCCAUCAGCUAAUCACUCUGCAUGUGUACUUAAUCUCUAUGACUUAACCACCUCAUACCUGUUUUCAGUGGAAACACAGCUGACAAUUGGCUUUGGCUAUAGAGUAAUUACCCCACUUUGCCCAGCUGCGAUUACAGUCUUCGUUGCUCAGAUUCUUGUUGGUAUCGUCAUCGCAUGCUUUUGGUGUGGUGUUCUCAUAGCUAAAAUUUCCCUGCCAAAGAAAGUCGCCAAAGCCGUCACUUUUAGCGAGAUGGCUGUCAUCUGCUGUAAACAGGACACACUCAGUUUACAGAUACGUGUUGCUAACAUACGCAAAAGCUUGCUGCUCGGCAGUCAGAUCUAUGGCAAGCUGAUCAGGACCAGAGUCACACCUGAAGGAAAGACCUUCAUUAUGGAGCAAGUCAAUAUCGACUUCAUGGUGGAUGCUGGGAAAGACAACUUGUUCUUCGUCUGUCCCUUAACCUUAUAUCAUGUGAUUGACAAGACAAGCCCAUUCUUCCAAAUGGCCGUGGACACUCUACACCAGCAAGACUUCGAGUUGGUGGUGUUUUUAGAUGGCACAGCCGAAUCCACCAGCUCUUCCUGCCAAGUCAGGACUUCAUACCUGCCUCAGGAGAUCAUAUGGGGCUACAAGUUCCUCCCCAUUGUCUCACGCAGUAAAGAGGGCAAAUAUCACAUAGACUUCUCCAACUUUGACAAAGUAGAACCUGUACCAACUGCUCACUGUGCAUACUGCUAUCAUGAUUUGAAUCAUCAUCACGUCUCCAACCAAGGCAUUGAUAAUGCUGGCUUUGAGGUGAUAGAAAUUGGAAGUCAAGACAAUCAGUCAAGUUCUAUGACUACAUAAAUGUUUAUAUUUGCCCUUAAUAUGAGAGACACUUUGUAGUAAAUGGCUAUAAAAAUAAAUAAAACAAAAGACAUUUUUAACUACUAUUAACAAGUUAAAAUUUAGUUAUGAAAACAAGUUUUUAACUAUGAUGUAUAAAUGGCAACAGUGCAAAAUAUACAUUUUAUUAUAUUAUUUGAACAAAAUAGGCAUGAUGUGUCUCUAACGCUGAAACACAAGUCUGCAAAAGCUUCUAUCAACAGCU